AUGACAGAUUGUGUCACCGAUCUUGAUGAAACGCUAUAUACGGAUAAUGAUGAAGAAAAACGUGUCAAAUUUGAAAAUAGACGAUAUAAAAUAAUUAAACCCGGUGGUUUUGGUAAACCAAGUGUUUAUCAUGGACUUGUUGUCAUAUUUCUUGAAUUUUUUGCAUGGGGUCUUCUUACUAAUCCAGUUAUUUCGACACUCAAUCGAACAUUUCCAACUCAUACAUUUCUAAUGAAUGGUGUCAUUCAUGGAGUAAAAGGUUUAUUAACUUUUUUAAGCUCACCAUUACUUGGUGCCUAUUCGGAUGUAUGGGGACGGAAGUCAUUUUUAUUAAUAACAGUCUUUUUCACAUGUUGUCCAAUUCCAUUAAUGAAAAUAAGUCCAAUGUGGUAUUUCGCAUUGAUUAGUAUCAGUGGUCUUUUUUCUGUGACAUUCAGUGUUGUUUACUCAUAUGUUGCGGAUGUUACUGAUGAAAACUCACGAAGUACUGCAUAUGUAACAGCAACAUUUGCUGCAUCAUUAAUUACAAGUCCAGCUAUUGGUGCUCAUUUAGCAAGACUCUAUAGUGAAAAUUUUGUGAUUGUACUUGGUACAGUAGUUGCUAUUCUUGAUUUAGUAUUUAUCUUUUUUGUUGUACCUGAAUCAUUACCCGAGCGAUUAAGAGCAGAUCAAAAAAUAUCUUGGGAUAAAAUUGAUCCAUUUGCAGCUCUUAGAAAUAUUACAAAUGAUCGUUUUAUUUGUCUUAUAUGUCUUAUUGUUCUUCUAUCUUAUCUUCCCGAAGCGGGACAAUAUUCAUGUUUUUUUGUUUAUUUACGAUUAAUGCUUGGAUUUUCAGAAGAUGAAAUAGCUUAUUUCAUCGCAUUCGUUGGUAUUUUCUCAUGUAUUGCUCAAACAGCAUUAUUAGCUUGUUUACAACGUUAUUUUGGUUCAAAAGAAACAAUUAUGGUUGGAUUAUUCUUUCAAAUUGUCCAAUUAGCAGCUUAUGGAAUAGCUACAUCAAAUUGGGUUAUGUGGUUUGCCGGUGGUCUUGUUCAAGGUAUGGUUAAUGGUGUACGUGGUUUGUGUAAUGGUCUUGGUCCAGCUUUGUUUGGUUUUAUUUUUUAUUUAUUUAAUGUUAAUUUAAAUGAAUCAGUACCACCAUUGACAUCAACAAUGUCGACUAUUUCGAAUCGUACAACAAUACAUAUUAGUGAAAAAUCAAAUUAUUCAUCAAUGCUUAGUCGUGAUGUUCCCGGUCCUCCGUUUCUUUUUGGUGCUUUGCUUGCCACCAUAGCAUUAAUGUUUUCUUUACUUUUACCUAAUUCAAAACCAGAUUCAAAUGAAUUUUGUGUUGAUACAAGAAUUAUUGAACAGAAAGCUCGUCUAUUAGAUAUUGAUAGUGAUUCUAAUGACAAUAUUUCAACUUGA